AGAGUAGCGCGCGGGGGGGAGGCUUUUGCACGCAGCGCGCGGGACCUGGACUCUUUAGGGUUUAUUUUGCGUGUUGUUUGGUAGUUUUUCUUUGCUGUGUGUGGUGCUUGUGUUUCUGCCUCGUGCUGACCGGUCGUCCUCAUGGCUCGCGCUGCCCCUGCGGGUCUCGCGCCGCAGCCGCUUCUGCUGCCCGCGCUGCUCGCGCUGUUGGCGCUGGCAGCGGGGCGUGCGCGCGCCUUUGGCGUGGAGGAGGACGCGCGCUGCGAGCCCAUCCGCAUGGCCAUGUGUUUGGAUUUGGGCUACAACCAAACGCGCAUGCCCAACCUGGUGGGGAACGUGCUGCAGGCGGACGCGGAGCUCCAGCUACAGACCUUCACACCUUUAAUACAGUACGGCUGCUCGAGCCAGCUGAAGUUUUUCCUGUGCGCGGUGUAUGCUCCCAUGUGUACAGAGAAGGUUCCGGUUACCAUCGGCCCGUGCGGCAGCAUGUGCCUGGCAGUGAAGCGGAAAUGUUUGCCCGUGCUGCAGGAGUUUGGCUUUGUGUGGCCGGAGCUGCUUAACUGCAGCCUUUUCCCUCCUACCAACGACCAGAACCACAUGUGUAUGGAGGGUCCGGCAGAGGACGAUGGCCCAUUCCAUGCUGUAAGGACCCUGCACCCGCAUGAGGAGGAGUGUGUAGCACUGGGCAGUGGCGGCCCAGAGCAGUUCGCUUGGGCCAAGCGGAGCAGCAGCUGCGUCCUGCAGUGUGGAUACGAUGCCGGGCUGUACCGCCGGCAAGCCAAGCUAUUCACAGAUGUGUGGAUGGCCGUGUGGGCCGUGCUGUGCUUCGUCUCCACUUCUUUCACGGUGCUGACCUUCCUCCUGGACUCUGCUCGCUUUUCCUACCCGGAGCGGCCCAUCAUGUUUCUCAGCAUGUGCUACAACGUCUACAGUGUGGCCUUCCUGGUGAGGCUGACUGCCGGCCGGGAGCGGAUAUCCUGCGAUUUAGACGAGGCGGCCGUACCUGUUCUUGCACAAGAGGGUCUGAAGAACACGGGCUGUGCCGUGGUCUUCCUCUUGGCCUAUUUUUUCGGCAUGGCCAGCUCCAUCUGGUGGGUCAUCCUCACGCUAACCUGGUUCCUAGCAGCUGGACUCAAGUGGGGUCAUGAAGCCAUAGAGAUGCACAGUUCCUACUUCCACAUCGCAGCCUGGGCGAUCCCGGCCAUCAAGACCAUAGUCAUCCUGAUCAUGCGGCUGGUGGAUGCGGAUGACCUGACUGGGCUUUGCUAUGUCGGGAACCAGAACCUGGACGCCUUAACAGGUUUUGUGGUAGCACCACUGUUCACCUACCUGGUGAUUGGGACACUGUUUAUUGCAGCGGGGCUGGUGGCGCUCUUCAAGAUACGCUCCAACCUGCAGAAGGACGGGACAAAGACGGACAAGCUGGAACGGCUGAUGGUGAAAAUUGGCGUCUUCUCUGUCCUCUACACGGUGCCCGCCACCUGCGUCAUUGCCUGCUAUUUCUACCAAAUCUCCAACUGGGCCGAUUUCCACCAGACGGCACGGGACUCCUACAUGGCAGCCGAAAUGCUAAGGAUUUUCAUGUCCCUGCUGGUGGGCAUCACCUGUGGCAUGUGGGUGUGGUCUGCCAAAACCCUGCACACCUGGCAGCGCUGCUCGCUGCGCCUGCUGCACUCUCGCAGGAGUGCUCGCACCCACCAGAGCGGCGAGGGCUGGGCCAAAGCCGGCAAGGGCAAUGAGACUGUGGUUUGAAAGACAGAAAGAGUGAGUGUGGGGGGAAAAGAUGAAGGAGGGUAGGAAAUUAGGGAAAGGAUCCAGAAGACAGAACUCAGAGAAAGAGCAAGGAACAAAAAACACGAGUGAAGGAAGAGCAGAGCAGGACAGUGACAUAAGAAGGACAGUGGCUCCAUCUUGUGGACACUUAUUGUAACUGCACCCACAGCCCAAUUCCCCCCUUUCCCUCUCUCUCAGGACAGAAACUCAUGUAGCAGCAUCAGCUCCUCAGUCAUUGCUAUGCAGAGAAAUUUGACCUGAUCAUUUUUUACACUGGACGGUGGAGCAGUAGAAACUCAGCAGUGGUUCUGUGGAGUGGCGUCGCAGCGGGUGGCAGCGGGGCGGGUUCUGCUUUAACCGACCCAACCCUUCUGUUGCUUUAACACUGUGGUAAUGCAGCAAAGACACCUGGGAAAUGUACUUGUUUUCAGUCCUCAGCGAACAGCACUGUUUACCUCGCACUGAGACACGGCUGUCUGGUCUUUUUUUUUGUCCUGUUUGUCUUUUUUUGUGAACUUCUGGACUGGCAGCUAGAACCCUGGUGGGUCAGGAUACUAGAGCCUUGCCCCUAUUAGUACUCUACCACCCUGCCUGGUUUAGUGUUACAGAACCAUGUCUGUUUUAAUAUUCCAAAACCCUGCCUCAUUUAAUAAUCUGGGUCACUGCUUCAUUUAGUAUUCCAGAAUCCUGCCUGAUUCAAGAAUUCUGGAACCCAGUCCACUUUGGAAUUCUAGAAUCUUGGUUUAGGAUUAACCUGGUUUAGGACUAACCUUCUUUCAGUAUUCUCUCAGGACCCAGCCUAGAACCCUGGCUGUUUUAGAACUCUACAAUACUGCAUGAUUUAGGAUUCUAGAACCUUAUGUGGUUCAGGGGUCUAGAAUCUUAUCUGAUUUUGUAUUCUAAAACACCAGCCUGGUUUAGGAUCCAUUUUAGGAUUCUAGAAUUCUACUUGAUUUAGGAUUCUAGAACCCAAUCCCUCUUUUGAUAUUCUACACUCUUAAAAAGGAUGGUUUUUCAAGGGUUCUUUAGUAAAGGUUCUAUAUAGAUCACUGAACACUCAAAAAACCCUUUGCAUGAUGAAGGCUUGACAUUGUAUCAAUACAAGAACCCCUUUUGGUGCUAUAUAGAACUCUUUUCAAAAACGGUUCCAUAAAAGAACCAUGUACAGCACUUUCUCCAUCAAUCUAAAGAACCUUUUCAUGAUGCAAAGAACCCUUUAAUCAUGCAAAGGGAUCUAUGAGUGUUCAUGGUUCUAUAUAGAACAAUUUUCUUUACUAAAGAACACUGGAAGAACCGUCUUUUUUUUGGACUCCCGAACCCUGCCCAUUAUCCAGUUCUAGAAUCCUGCUUGAUUUAGGUUCGUUGAACCAUACCUGAUUUGGGUGGUUUAGGAGUCUAGAAUCCUGCCUAGUUUAGUGUUCCAGAGUCCAGCCCUGUUGUUUAGGCUCUGUCCAGAUAUCUAGAACUCUUUUAGUUAUGGGGUCAGUUUCCCAGUCAGGAAUUGAACUUUGAUUACAUUUUCCCUUCAAUGGAGGGUCACCAUUUGGAAUGUUGUACAGUCCAGGACUAGGCCUGUCCGGAAAACUGACCCUUGUGUUCUAGACGUUUUAAAUCCUGACAGCAAUCAAGCUCAGCACAGAUCCACUGUUCUCCUUUCACACAUACAUCUUAAUUUUUAGUGCCGACUUUUGAUGUGAAGCUUCACUGUUUUUAUUUUUCAUUACACACACACACACACACACACACACACACA